AUGGAUGGGCGUUUGGUAUUUUCGCCGCAUCACGGUCACACUGGCGGAUUUGUUUUUAUUUUGGUCGCCAUGCAAAGUAAACACCGCAAACUGCUGCUGCGCUGCCUCCUGGUGCUGCCCCUCAUCCUCCUGGUGGACUACUGCGGCCUGCUGACCCACCUGCACGAGCUGGACUUCGAGCGGCACUUCCACUACCCGCUGGACGAUGACACUGGAUCUGUGUCCGCAUCCUCUGGACUGGACAAGUUCGCCUACCUGCGAGUGCCCUCGUUCACGGCGGAGGUGACGGUUGACCAGCCUGCGCGGCUCACGCUGCUCAUCAAGAGCGCCGUGGGCAAUUCGCGGCGGCGGGAGGCCAUUCGCCGGACUUGGGGCUACGAGAAUCGAUUCUCAGACGUCCAUCUGCGUCGCGUGUUCCUGCUGGGCACGGCCGAGGAUAGCGAAAAAGACGUGGCUUGGGAGUCCCGCGAGCAUGGCGACAUUCUGCAGGCGGACUUCACGGACGCCUACUUCAACAACACGCUGAAAACUAUGCUAGGAAUGCGCUGGGCUAGCGAGCAGUUCAAUCGCAGCGAGUUCUAUCUUUUCGUGGACGACGACUACUAUGUUUCGGCCAAGAACGUGCUCAAGUUUCUGGGCAGGGGGCGUCGGAGCCACCAGCCGGAGUUGCUGUUCGCCGGGCACGUGUUUCAGACAUCGCCGCUCCGCCACAAGUUCAGCAAGUGGUACGUUUCGCUGGAGGAAUAUCCCUUCGAUCGGUGGCCACCGUACGUGACCGCCGGCGCGUUCAUGCUGUCGCAGAAGGCACUGCGCCAGUUGUAUGCUGCCAGCGUUCACCUGCCGCUCUUCCGGUUCGACGACGUCUACCUGGGCAUCGUGGCCUUGAAAGCUGGCAUUUCCCUUCAGCACUGCGACGACUUCCGCUUCCAUCGGCCGUCGUACAAGGGUCCGGACAGCUAUAGUUCGGUGAUAGCCUCGCACGAGUUCGGCGAUCCCGAGGAGAUGACGCGGGUGUGGAACGAGUGCCGAUCCGCCAACUACGCGUAGCAGCAAGAACAUAUACGAACGAGACAGCACCUAAACAACAGCCUUAUAAAGUGUAUUAGGAGCAGUGGAUGAUACCUCAACCGUUCAGUGAGACUUUAAACCAGCAGCUGGUGCUAAUAGUGCAAGAUCGCAAGAGUAAUUCAUUCUAAUUGUAAGCAUAAUGAUAAAGCAGUUGAUUCAAUUCAUAUUUAUAGAGAUUAUAUGCAAAUGUCGGAUAACGUAUGUUUGGGCUGAUUCCUUUCAAUGCAAUAAAUUGUUGAUUAGCAUAGGAAAGCGAAUAAAAAACUUAAAAUAAAUUAUUGUA